CAGGGACUUUACCUGUUGGGGUGAAGGAGGAACCACUUUCCUAAUCAUGUACGGGAAUCAGUCACUUUUAAGAUCAGUGUAACCUAAAGGUGUGGCGUGUUACCAGAAGUUAGGUGCUACCACACGUCGGUGAUUGUGAGUCAGGAGCGGACGUGUGCGCGCGUUGUGAGAGCGCACGACAGACACACACUUUGCCAGUGAUUUGCUGGGUGCCCCCGAUGCGCUCAUUGGUGCGUCCCUCCAACGUGUCACCAGUUUUUGUGGAUUACCCCAGAUAUCUUCACCUGCUGGAGGCUGAACCACCACUCCUGUCUCUCAGCUGCUCUCCUCACGGUGUCCAGCUGCAGAAAGAACCUCUGACAAAACUUGUCUCGUUCACAGAACAACUCAGGGAAGAUUUGAAGACUUAUUUUGAUUUGGUCUUUUUACGCACGACGAACACAGAGAUGCAUUUAUUGGCUUUAGGGUCAAGCAUGAAGGCUUUCUCUUUCCCAUUAUCUCUCUUUAUGGCACCUUUGCUGCUGAGCGCUCUGCGGGCCAGUGGCUCCCCGUCCCCGGGCUGCGCGUCGUGUGGCUUGCCUUCCAUGGAGAGAGACGCAGAGGAGAGGCUGAUGACAGAAAUCGCCAAGCAGCAGAUUUUGGAGAAGCUGCACCUGAAAGAGAGACCCAACAUAACUCACACGGUUCCCCGGGCUGCGCUCCUCACUGCGCUGCGCAAGCUGCACUCGGGGCGCGUCAGACAGGAUGGCACUCUUGAGCUACAAAACGAAAUACCAACCAGAAAUCCUGGCUAUGAAAUAGUGAGCUUUGCAGAUAUAAGUAAGAUGGACAGUGGUGAGGGGGCCAGCCUCAGCCUCAACUUCCAGUUUCAGCAGGAACGAGGGCAGAGUAUCCAGGUACUCGAGUCCUCUCUGUGGAUCUAUGCCCGCUCUUCUGAGGACCCUCACAGGGACUCACGACUCUUUGCCAGAGUCUUCCUUUCUGCAGCUGGAGAGGUGUCUGGUAGCAACCGCACCCUGGUGAUAGAGAAGAUGCUGGAGGUCCAGGACAAUAACUGGCACACCUUCCCUAUCACCCGCACCCUGCAGUCAUUCCUCGACGGUGGCCAACGCCGCCUACAGCUGGAGGUGAGCUGCGAUGAAGAUGGGAAGAAUCUUUGCUCCUUUGAUGACACAGCUAAUCCCGCGCACCAGCCCUUCCUGGUGGCCAAGGUGCGUCUCCUGGAGGACCGCUCCAAACGCGUACUCAGGAAGCGUUCCUUGCGUUGCGGGAAUGUUGUGAGCGUGUGCUGCAAGAGAGAAUUCUACAUCAAAUUCAAGGAUAUCCAGUGGGACGAGUGGAUCAUUGCACCUGAAGGCUACCACAUGAACUACUGCAUAGGUCAGUGCCCCCAACAUCUGGCUGGUUCCCCUGGAAUCGCAUCAUCUUUCCAUGCCACGGUCUUCAGCCAACUGAAAAUCAACGGCAUCAACACAGCCACAUCUUCAUGUUGUGUUCCCACCGAGCGCCGGCCACUCUCCAUGGUCUUCUUUGACUCUCAGCACAGCAUUGUCAAAAUGGACGUUCCUGACAUGAUAGUGGAAUCCUGCGGAUGCACAUAGAGGAGACAAUAUGAGAGACAUGGUACUUAACAUAGAUUUGUUUUGUGUGUUAAUUGUAGACAGAGACUCACAGAGUGAUACAAACACUAAUCAACAGAGCAGUUGACCAAACUCAACACGCUUACUCAGGUAACAUCUGACUAAUUUGACUUCAAAAUGAUAACUGCCAUAUAAAGAUUAUUAAGUUUUAAGGUCUUGUAUUAUGCAGUAUGUAAGUAACUUGUUUCAAUAUCUAAUAUCAGGCAAGUCAUUCUAAUUUAUGCACAAUUUGUGAAUGCAGAAACAUUUCAUUCAUAUAUCAGAGGCAUAAAUUAAAGAGAGGAAAUACACUAAGCAACAUUAACACCUGUUAAACUGAACAUCAGGGUGUGAUAUCAAUGUAAAACAUUUGGCAGGAAUGCAAACUAGUUCAGACUAGUUCGAUGUCACACAGAUUGCAGAUGUGGUUUACAUUAAGAGAAUAAUGUGGUGCCUUCAAGUGAAUCCUUUCUAAUUUUUGUCAUAUUUUGUUUAUUUAUUUAGUUUUCCAAAAUUGCUGCUGGGAUUCAGUUCAAAGAUGCAGUAAACUGUUUUAUGGAUCUUAGGAAAUUGUGAACAGAAGGGACAUGACUUUCAAGGCAAAAUACAUAAUGUAAGAUAUUAUAUUUCCUGUAUGUUUCAUAUGGUCACAAUGUCCACAUUCUUUAUAUAGAAUCUAAGAGAUCCUAGAUAUAAAUUGUGCCUUCUUUAAGUCGUGAUGACUAAGUGGACUUACUCUUCGAGUAUUGGGAAAUUAUAACUCACCUGAACUUUACUCAGUAAUGUAAAUGGCUGGUAAUAAAAGCAUUUGAGCAUCAUUCUCAGUACAACAAGUUAAAAUGGCAGUUAAAUUGAGUUUGAGUCUAAACUCACUCGAACUAAAGCACAAAGUUUAUAUUUGCUCUUGCUGCUUUUGAACCUUUUAAAAAACUUGAAAAAUCCUCAUUUGGUUUUUAAAAAGUUUGAGAGCACUGAGAGCAAGCAUUGGACUGGGGUCAUUUGGGGAAACAGAACUGUACAACUGGAAGCAUAAUGAAACAAAAUUGGGCCAAGAAUAUUUCCUUGAGGAAGACCAUUUUCAUAUGGGUCUCUCAUGUGCAAGAAAAUAUUUUUUAGGUUGACAUGUCACACAAUUCUACUGCUAUUCUGAUGAUUUUACUCUGUUUUACAUCUACGAAAAAAUGUAGUUAUAUGACAAAGUUAUGAUAAGGAGCAGUUGUUUUUUUACAGUGCAAGAGAAGACUGAAAUUGAACUGAAUCAGUUAAAAACUUCGAAAAUCUGCCCUAAGCUCACUCUGAUUGGAGUUGAUGCCGCAUGCAGGUUGAGAUAUGCUUAAUCAGCAUCUCCACUGUAUUAUUUACACAAGUAUGGUGAUCAGUUGGGUAACUGUGACUUUGACAGAAUAUGACCCCAGGGUUAUUUUUCUGCAGCGUGCUCAAACAUUUAGCUAUUGCUUCAGUGUCAGGUAAUGUGAAGGUCUGUGAAGCAGUGGGAUCAAUGACCAUGGCGCCUUUAAAUGAUUCACUUGUAUUUACGCUUUUGAGUUCAAACUUUAAAAUAAUAUUUUUAAUACUGGAGACUAUCUUUGCAGUUCAUAAAUUGAUCUUCUAAGCACUUCCUGUCACAAGGUUCAUUGUGACAUUGAGGUGCCAUUGUACCAUAACUUACUAUGCACUUUAUCAUCCUACUGUAUUUUUAUAGCAAAUUUUAGAGGCCUUCAAAGAGCACAAUGUCAAUUCGCAAUAUAUUUUAAGCUCUAAGUUGUGCUUAAAUGUGUGGUAUUGUAUAUAAUUGCAGAUGACAGAUGAUGCAACAAUUUCUUUAUAAUGUAACUGAUGGGAAUGGAGCCAGGAUUUGACUUAUAAUUAUUGACUUUUUAUUGAAUUUUUUUUAUUUCAUACUAUAUUUAAUGUAUAACAAAUUCUUUGUUUUGCAAAUAAAUGAUAAUAUUUGCAAUAAAAUUUGUCUGAAUGUGCUGAAAUGAAA